AUGGCCAACGGAGAAGGAGAGCAGCCAGAGAAGAAGAUGAUCUUGAGAGGGCGAACCCCAGAAGAAGACGGAGACGGAGAAGAAGAAGAAGAAGAACAAGUACAAGAAGAAGAAGAAGAAGAAGAAGAACAACUGUCAACCUCGUCAACCUCGUCAACACCACCGCCGGCACUGAGCAUGAACGGAGUAGAGUACCUACAGACGGGCUUACAGCUACCUACACCGUUGGCAUUUAGCGGAAGUCUGCAGAUAUAUACAACCCCACUUAUUCACUCACUGUCCGAUGUUUCCCCAGGGUCGAUCGAGGAUAUGCUUAUCGACCCACGUUUUUGCGACUGA